CCGGGGCCGGGGCCGGCGGCGGCGAGCGGUAGAGCCGCCGGGGAUCAUGGCGGAGAGGCUGGAAUGGGUGGAAAUCAUCGAGCCUCGGACCCGGGAGCGCAUGUACGCCAACCUGAUCACGGGGGAGUGCGUGUGGGACCCCCCCGCCGGCGUGCGGAUCAAACGCACCAAUGAGAACCAGUGGUGGGAGCUCUUCGACCCCAACACCUCCCGCUUCUACUACUACAAUGCCACCACGCAGAGGACGGUGUGGCACCGUCCCCAGAACUGUGACAUCAUCCCGCUGGCCAAGCUGCAGACGCUGAAGCAGAACACGGAGUCGCCGCGGGCUUCCACGGAAAACAGCCCCGGCAGGAGCAGCAAUGUCAGCAGGGAGGGAAGCACCAGCUCAUCCUUGGAGCAGGAGCUGGAAGGCAACGAGAAGGUGCAGGAGCAGCGGUCGAGCCGCCAGUCCAGCCAGUAUUCCGUGGUGAAGGAGGAAACGGAAAGUUCGUCGCCUUCCGGAGUGUUCGAGAAGGAAUACGACAUUUAUCGGGAUUACAGUGCGGAAGGACAACUCCUGCACUACAGGACCUCAUCCCUCCGAUGGAACGCCGGCACCAAGGAGCGGAUGCUGAUCAAGGUGACGGAUCGGGAGCCCAGCUUCCUCCUCCACCAAGGCAAUGGUUACACCCCGGAAAACCAACCGGGCUCCCGCUCCCGCCGGCCCUCGGGUGGCCAACAGUCGCCCAACCUCCAAACCUUCUCCUCGGAUGCCGACAACUCCGUCUUCUUCCCGGAGAGGAAGCAGUCGCCCUUCCUGAAGAGGGCCGAGCACGUGGGCAGCUGCUCGCCGCUGCUGGGCCGGGGCGAUUCCUUCUGCUCGCCGCUCCAAGCCCAGCACCGCAAACAUUCCAGCGAAUCCCAGCCCUCGUCGCCCCGCUACGCCUACGAGCCCCCGCUCUACGAGGAGCCCCCCAUGGAAUACCAGGCUCCCAUCUACGACGAGCCUCCUGUGGACAUGCAGUACGAAGCCAGCGGGAGCUACAAGGCCGGCUCGCCGCAGAAAUCGCCCAUCCGGAAGCCUCACCCUUUCCUUCAGUCGCCCAAGCAAGGCUCCAACUCGCCCUACCAGCAGUUGGUGCUCACCAAGCAGAAGUGUCCUGACCGCUUCAUGAGCCUGGAAUACAGCCCGGCUGGCAAGGAAUACGUCCGGCAGUUGGUCUACGUGGAGCAGUCGGGCUCCAGCCCCAAGAUGAAGACGGGCUUGAGGCACAAAUAUUCCCCCAACCCCAUCGGCGGCUCCUACUCGCUGCAGCACAGCCCCUGCCUGGUGCGGGAUCAACGCCUGGAGAUCAAAUCGGGCGACUACAGCAGCAUGGAGGGACCCGACUUCUGCCCCGGCCCCACAGGCGCCCAGGUGGCCCAGGGCGAGGACUCCAUGUCGUGGUCCAGCCAGCAGGACACCUUGUCCUCCACCGGUUACUCGCCUUCCACCAGGAAGAGGAAAAGCCGGAAGCCUUCGGUGAACCACGAUGCCAACGCCUCCUCCACGGACGGCUCGGGGGAGCGGGAGGCGUUGGGCGAGCUGGGUGAGGAACGAGCCGCGCCAGGACCCAACAGGUCACCCAUGAACCGGACGGAGAGCAAGGCGGCCGAGGCGGAGGCGGCGCGGGGCUUCCCGGAGCCGUUCCUGGCGCAGGCGCGCCUGGCGUGGGAAGCGCAGCAAGCCCACUACCACAUGAAGCAACGGAGCAGCUGGGAUUCCCAAAAGGACGGUUCGGGCUACGAGAGUGACGGAGCACUCCCGCUGCCCAUGCCGGGCCCGGUGGUGCGAGCCUUCAGCGAGGACGAGGCGUUGGCGCAGCAGGAGAACAAGCACUGGAAGAGGAACACCUUCGAGAAGCUGGGCUUCCCCCAGAUCCUGCUGGAGAAAAGCGUCUCCGUCCAGACCAACCUGGCCUCCCCCGAGCCCUACCUACAUCCAUCUCAGUCCGAGGACCUCGGCGCCUGCGCGCAGUUCGAAAACAGCCGGCAGACACGGAACAUGAUGCCGAGCGCCAGCUGCGUCUUCCCCACCUUCAACCUGCGCAAGCCCUCCUCGGAGACGGACAUUGAGAACUGGGCCUCCAAGCACUUCAACAAGCACACCCAAGGGCUCUUCCGACGGAAGGUCUCCAUCGCCAACAUGCUGGCCUGGAGCAGCGAAUCCAUCAAGAAACCCAUGAUCAUGACCAACGACCGCAACGUCAAGAAGGAGGCGUGCGAGAUCUUCAAGCUCAUCCAGAUGUACAUGGGCGACCGGCGGGCCAAGACGGACCAGCUCAACGUGGCCUUGGAGAUCGCCACCAAAGGUUGGAGCAUGCAGGGGCUGCGAGAUGAGCUCUACAUCCAGCUGUGCCGGCAGACCACCGAGAACUUCCGAUACGAGAGCCUGGCUCGCGGCUGGGAGCUCAUGGCCAUUUGUUUGGCCUUUUUCCCACCCACUCCCAAAUUCCAUUCCUACCUUGAAGGAUACAUUUACCGGCACAUGGAUCCGGUGAAUGACACCAAAGUUUCGCGGCACCUCCGGCACAUCCUGGCAAGGACCAAUCAGAAGAAACCCAAAUUGCGAAAGAAACCAAAGCCCCAGAGCGAGGAGAUCCCGGGGGUGGCCAUCAGCACUUAUGCCAAGUACUGCUACAACAAACUCCAGAAGGCGGCGCUGACCGGGGCCAAGAAGGGCCUGAAGAAGCCGAACAUUGAGGAGAUCCGUCAUGCCAAGAAUGCCGUCUUCAACCCGUCCAUGUUCGGCAGCUCGCUGCAGGACAUCGUGGCCAUGCAAAAGGAGCGGUACCCGGACCGGCAGCUGCCCUGGGUCCAGACCCGGCUCUCCGAGGAGGUCCUGGCACUCAACGGGGAUCAGACUGAGGGCAUCUUCAGGGUCCCUGGUGACAUUGACGAGGUCAACGCACUCAAGCUGCAGGUGGACCAAUGGAAGAUCCCCACCGGCUUGGAGGACCCGCACGUUCCCGCGUCGCUGCUGAAGCUCUGGUACCGCGAGCUGGAGGAGCCGCUGAUCCCCCACGAGUUCUACGAGCAGUGCAUCUCCCACUACGAGAACCCCGAGGCCGCCAUCGCUGUUGUCCACUCCCUGCCCCGGAUCAACAAAAUGGUGCUGUGCUACCUCAUCCGCUUCCUCCAGGUCUUCGUGCAGCCAGCCAACGUAGCCAUCACCAAGAUGGACGUCAAUAACCUGGCCAUGGUGAUGGCCCCCAACUGCCUGCGCUGCCAAUCAGACGACCCGCGGAUCAUCUUUGAGAACACGCGCAAGGAGAUGUCCUUCAUCCGUGUCCUCAUCCAGCACCUGGACACCAGCUUCAUGGAGGGCGUCCUAUAGCGGCCGCCACUGCGCUGUCCCCACCCCGCCACCGGCCCCCUGUCCCCUCCGAGGGUCAAAGUCCCCAGGUGGUGGCACCUAUCUCCACCAAGAACCAGGAGGCCCAAGAGGUUCUCCAACUUCACCACGUGGUGAGCUCCGUCUCCACCAAAAACCAGGAGGCCCAUGCGGUUCUUCGCCACGUGGUGAGCUCCAUCUCCAUCAAGAACUGGGAGGUCCGUGAGGUUCUUCAUCACGUGGUGAGCUCCAUCUCCAUCAAGAAUCAGGAGGUUUGUGAGGUUCUUCAGUGUGUGGUGAGCUCCAUCUCCACCAAGAACCAGGAGGUCCGUGAGGUUCUCCACUGUGUGGUGAGCUCCAUCCCCACCAAGAACUGGGAUGUCAAGGAGGUUCUCCAAUUUCACUGGGUGGUGAGCUCCAUCUCCAGCCAGACCUCAUGGACGGAGGGCAUCCAGCAAUUGUCUCCAUCCCUUCCCACCCAGAUGUGGAGACAAAGAGAAGUCCUUGAGGUCCAUCCCAACCUUCUGGCCGCGUCACUGCCUGGCUCUUCUCUGGGAGAGUCACGAGGAACAUCCUGGCUCUGUGGGGGUCUCCAAGGGGUUGGGAAAGUGGGAGAAGUUCCCCUGGACACCAAGGGACCACAGUGACAAUUUUCCCCCACAGGGAAAAGACCUGAGAGGUCCCCAUGGGAGAGGUGGCCCGAGGGGGUCAUGGUGGCCGAUUGUCCAUCCUGGAGGAGCUGGGUGGGCUGGAUGUCCCCACAUGUCAUGAUGUCCAUCCCAUCCCACACAUGUUGGCGUCACCAGGACCUGUCCCAGCACCCACUGGGUCCUUGUUGGACCUGUCCCAGGACCUCAAAUCUGCUCCUGCUUCUUCUGGGCCAAUCUUGGUGUCCAUCAUCAACUCCUGGACCCAUCUUGAGGUCCAUCAUUUCCUUCUGGUCCUAUAGGACUCAUCUUGGGGUCCAGCAUCUCCUCCUGGUCCUCCUGAGCCCAUCUUGGAGUCCAUCAUCAACUCCUGGACUGAUCUUGGGGUCAAACAUCUCCUCCUGGUCCUCCUGAGCCCAUCUUGGAGUCCAUCAUCAACCCUUGGACUGAUCUUGGGGUCAAACAUCUCCUACUCCUUCUGGGCCCAUCUUGGAGGCCAUCAUCUCCUCCUUAUCCUCCUGAACCCAUCUUAGUGUCCAUCAUCAGCUCCUGGAGCCAUCCUGGGGUCCGUCUUCUCUUCCUGGUUCUCCAAGUCUCACCUUGGUACCCGUCUCCUCCAGGAUCCAUCCUGGUGUCCAUCAUCUCCUCCAGGACCCACCUGGUCACCCAUCUCCACCUGGUCCUGCCCAGCCCACCUCAGUGUCCCCAGUGUCCUCCAGGACCCAUCUUGGUGUCCCUGAUCUCCUCCUGGACCCACCUUGGUGCCCCCCAACCUCCUCCAAGACCCACCUGAGCACCCCCAACUCCCUCCAGGUCCACCCAAAUCUCCACCAGGUCCCACCUUGGUGACCUCAACCAACCUUGGUGUCCCCAUCUCUCCCAAGUUUCACCUUGAUGAUCCCAAAUCUUCUCUAGGUCCCACCUUGGUGAUCCCAGAUCUUCCAGGACUCAUCCUGGUGCACCCCCACCUCAUCCAGAUCCUCCAGAUCCCACCUUGGUGUCCCCAAAUCUCCACCAGGUCCCACCUUGGUGCCCCAACUUUCUCCGAGACCCACCUUGGUGCUUCUCAAUCUUCUUCAGAUCCUCCAGGUUUCACUUUGGUGCCCCCAACCUCCACCAGGUCCUCCAGAUCCCAUCUUGGCCCCACCACUUCCAGGUCCCACCUUGGCGCCCACAAAGCUCCAGAUCUUCCAGGACCCACCUGGGCACUGUCACCUGCUCCAGGUCCCACCUCAGCACCCCCCAAUCUCCUCCAGGUCCCACCUUGGUGCUCCCAAAUCUCCUCCAGCUCCUCCACGUCCCACCCUGAUGGACCCCAAUCUCAACCAGGUUCCACCUUGGUGAUCCCAAAUCUCCACCAGGACCCACCUUGGUGCCCCCCAAUGUCCAUCAGGUUCCACCUUGGUGCCCCCCAAAUCUCCAGGUCCCACCUCGGUCGCCCCAUCACUUCCAGGUCCCACCUUGGUGCUCCCAAAUCUCCUCCAGGUCCCACCUUGGUGACCCCAAAUCUCCACCAGCUCCUCCAUGUCCCACCUUGGUGACCCCAGAUCUCCACCAGGUCCCACCUUGGUGACCCCAGAUCUCCAGGUCUCAACUUGGUGACCCCAAAUCUCCUUCAGGUCCCACCUUGGUGACCCCAAAUCUCCUCCCAGGUCCCACCUUGGUGCUCCCAAAUCUCCACCAGGACCCACCUUGGUGAUCCCAAAUCUCCUCCAGGUCUCAACUUGAUGACCCCAAAUCUCCUCCCAGGUCCCACCUUGGUGACUCCAAAUCUCCUCCAGGUCCCCCAAAAUGGAGAAGUCCCCAAGGCCAGGAGGGUCUCCUUGGUGGGGGGUCCCCAAAAUGGGGUCACAUGGGUGGGAGUUCCCCAAAAUGAGGAUGGUCCCCAAAGUGGGAGGAGAUCCCAAAGUAGGAGAACCCAUGGGGGGUUCCCAAG